GCAGCCGGAGCUAAAGGUAUUACUUAUUCAUUCUAUACAAGUGCUGGCUCAUGUAAAACACCUGAAGACAUUCAACGGGAUAUUUCAAUGAUUAAAAAUUUUGAAGUUAUUAGAAUCUAUGAUACUGAUUGUGAUGGGUUGGCAAAUAUCUUGAAAAGUAUGGGUCCAAAUCAAAAAAUAUUUGCUGGUAUUCACUAUCCUGAAGUUGUUGAUGCUUCGGUAGAGAUAAUUGGUAGAGCAAUCCAGGAACAAGCCGAUGGUGAUUGGAGUAAAAUAGAUACUGUUUCUGUUGGUAAUGAAAUGGUUAAUUUUGGUAAAGCUACUCCUGAUCAAUUACAAGCUUCCAUAAAUAGAGCCAGAGAAUUAUUGAGAGGGAAAGGUUAUAACGGACCUGUUGUUACUACGGAUACUUUAGUCGCGGUGUUAAAUAACAGAGAUCUUUGCCAUGUGUCAGAUUAUAUUGCUGUCAAUUCACAUCCUUACUGGGAUGGUGGUGUUCCUGCUCAACAAGCUGGUCCAUGGUUACAAUCUCAAUUGCAAAUGUUGGAUGAUGUUUGUGGUCGAAAUGGAAAGCAAAUUUUCUUAGCUGAAACUGGUUGGCCUCACAAAGGGAAGAAAUUUGGACAGCAUGGUGACCCAUCUAAAGAUAACCAAUUAGUUGCGGUCAAAUCUAUUGUGGAUACACUUGGGCCUCGUACUAUAUUGUUUACUACUUUUAAUGAUUAUUGGAAAGAUGGUGGUACUCAUGAUGUUGAAAAGUUCUGGGGAAUCUUUGAAGGUUGA